UCUCGUCAUCCUCAAAUUUGCCUCAGCCUUUCAUCCAGCCUCAACUGUGGUUCCGUUGGCAACCAUGAGCGCAUGUAAAACCCUACUCCGUUCUCCAUUAUUCCGUAGACAGUGCAAACCUGGGACCUUCACCUCCCCAUUAAAGUUCCAUUCUUUCUCUCCUUACGUCUUCAGACUCCCUCCUCCCCGUCGAAGGUCCUUCAUCCUCUCCCCUGAUUCAGGUUCUAGAAUUGAAGCUAGUAGUGAAAUUGUAAGGCGUUAUAGUUGCAGUGAAGCUGCAGUAUCACUAGAAAUCGAUUGUAGCACUGAAGAAAUUUCAGCCCAGAAGAAUAACCUUCAAGUUCCAGAAGACACAGUGGCCGUAUUGCUUACAAAACCAAAUGAAGUGUCCAGGCUUAUGAAAAUGGAGCGGAGGCUGGAAGGGGAGUGCAAUGUUCAGUUGGACCGUUGGUUUCCGUAUUUGGAUAAAUUUAAAGCUGGAUGUGUGUAUUUGAGCAGUAAUGAGGUGCUGGAAGCUAUUGAUCCCUACCUAAUGGAGGGGAGGAAGGAAAGGUUUCGAAAAGCUGUGAAGAACAGGACGUACUCUGUUUGUUUGGUGGUGGAGGGGUUAAGUGAUUUUGGCAAUGUGUCUGCUGCAUUCCGUUCAGCAGAUGCUCUUGGCUUUCAGUCUGUACAUGUCAUUUCCAGCGACAUCUCAAAAAGGUGCAAGGACACUUGAGGUACAGGGACAAUCGCCAUGUCAGUAUGGGGGCAGAGAAAUGGUUGGAUAUUGAGCUCUGGAAUUCUCCCCUUGAGUGCUUCAAAGUUUUGAAGUCGCGUGGUUAUCGCAUUGCCACAACACAUGUUGGAAUGGAUGUGGUCUCAGUAUAUGAUAUGGACUGGUCAUGCCCAACUGCAAUUGUUGUUGGCAAUGAGAAUAGGGGAAUAAGUGAUGACGCUCUUGGAUUGUCAGAUAUGCACUGCAGUAUUCCGAUGAAAGGCAUGGUGGACUCCUUCAAUGUUUCAGUUGCUGCAGGAAUUCUCAUGCACCAUGCUGUUUGUGACCGGACUUCCCGCAUGGGAUGCCAUGGGGAUCUAACACCGGAAGAGAGGCAAACAUUGCUAGCAGAAUUCUCAUUACGCCACAGUGAUAGUGCAAUAAGCAUUGCCAAUGAAUAUGCAAAAAGAAAGAUGAGUAGCUGACGCCAAGGCUUUGAAUGAUUUGAUGUGGGUACCAGGCCAUUUUUCCCAGCCCUGCGAUGCAUACCUAGUACUGACUCUCUUCAUGGCCUUGCUUAAUAUUCGUUUUUCUUUUUUCCCGUAUUCUAAGAUGCGGAAAUGUUGAAAAGAUGCAAUAAUACUCAGACAUUUGUCACUGCAAUGUGAUGUCUUUUUCAUAUAUUUAUGUGUUUGAGGCUGUGAUUGGUGAAGUCUCCAAAUUUCCUCUUGUUUUAAAUUUUAAUGUCUUUAGAUGGUUUAACAA